UCUCCUUCCCGCCCACCGCGCGCAGACGGAGAAGAAGCCCCGCGCGGACACAGAGAGCGAGAGACGUCAGUUGAACAUGGCGCUGAGCUGGACGGCUGUCACCGGCGUACAGAGGGAAACAACCGCUCCGACGACUGCGACGGUUAUCUGAAGACGCUCCAGCGACGACGGGAUAUUUAUAUAAAUAUAUAAAUAUUCUGACAGCCGGAGCCUUCCUCGACGUUUUUAUUUUUUUAGACACUUCUGGGAUUCAAACGUACCGUCGCAGUAACCGUUAGCUAACGUUCACCUGGACGGUUGGACCGCUUUAACUCACGCGCUGGGAAGCUGCUAGCUGUCACGAGCUUAACACAUAUAAACACACACACACACACACAUAUAUAAACACACACACACACAAACAUGAUUCAGUGAACUGUUGCGCUUCGUUUUACUUGUCACUCAGCGUCAUAUAUAUAUUUUUUUAAUAACGCGCCAAAGAAACGUUUAAAAAAAACAAAAACAAAAGGAAAAAAUGUCAGACAACCAGAGCUGGAACUCCUCCGGGUCCGAGGAGGACAUAGAGCCGAACAGAGGAGAGGAGCCCGGGCAUCUCGUCGGUAUCGUCGACCUGAGCGGAGUCCUCAGUAAGUGGACAAACUACAUCCAUGGAUGGCAGGACCGUUGGGUGGUUCUGAAGAACAACACACUGAGCUACUACAAGUCUCAGGAUGAGACGGAGUACGGCUGCCGGGGUUCCCUCUGCCUUAGCAAAGCUGUCAUUACUCCUCACGAGUUUGACGAAUGCCGGCUGGACAUCAGUGUGAACGACAGCGUUUGGUACCUGAGAGCACAAGACCCCGAGCACAGGCUGCAGUGGAUCGACUCCAUCGAGCUGCACAGGAGUAUCAGAGAGGGGAGGAGAGACAGGGGAGGAGUCCAGGGAACAAUAAUCAUCCCUCCACCACUGGCCGAUUCUGGAUACGGCUCAGAGUCCAGCCUGCGCAGACAUGGCUCCAUGCUGUCUCUCACAUCAGCCACCAGCGGCUACUCUGCCACCUCCACGUCCUCCUUCAAGAAGGGUCACAGCCUGAGAGAGAAGCUGGCAGAGAUGGAGACGUUCAGAGAUAUCCUGUGCAGGCAGGUGGACACGCUGCAGAAAUACUUUGACGGCUGCGCAGACGCCGUGUCGAAGGAUGAGCUGCAGAGAGAUAAAAUCGUGGAGGACGAUGAAGACGACUUCCCCAACACUCGGACAGACGGAGAGUUUCUGCACAACAACAACGGCAGCAAAGAAAAAUUGUUCCAGUCCUUGAGUCCCAAGGGAAUCAAUGGCAUAGACUUUAAGGGCGAGGCCAUCACAUUCAAGGCCACCACAGCUGGAAUCUUGGCCACUCUGUCCCACUGCAUCGAUCUCAUGGUGAAGAGAGAAGACAGCUGGCAGAAACGACUGGACAAGGUGCAGAGAGAAGAGAUGGAGAAGAGGCGGAGAAUAGAGGAGGGUUACAAGUCGGCGCUCAACGAGUUGAAGAAGAAGUCUCACUUCGGAGGUCCGGACUAUGAGGAGGGUCCCAACAGCCUCAUCAACGAGGACGAGUUCUUCGACGCCGUGGAGGCCGCUCUGGACCGACAGGACAAAAUAGAAGAGCAGUCUCAGACUGAGAAGACGAGGAUACAGAGAUCCAGCCCGGUCCCUCCCGCUGACGUGUAUUCCUGCGCCGGCUCACACAGAUUCUCCGACAAGCCUCGUAGUAAACCCUCCCCUCCUCUGAUAGUCAUGGCCCCUCCUCGCGACGUCCACAGAUUCAGCGCAGAGGUGGAGGAGAUGGUGCAGAAUCACAUGACCUACUCCCUGCAGGACGUCGGCGGAGACGCCAACUGGCAGCUGGUUGUCGAGGAGGGAGAAAUGAAGGUCUACAGGAGAGAGGUGGAGGAGAACGGGAUUGUGUUGGACCCGCUGAAGGCCACGCACUCCGUGAAGGGGGUGACCGGUCACGAGGUCUGCCACUACUUCUGGGACACUGCCUACCGCAACGACUGGGAGACCACCAUUGAAAACUUCAACGUCGUGGAGUCGCUGUCGGACAACGCAGCCAUCGUGUAUCAGACGCACAAGAGGGUGUGGCCUGCGUCUCAGCGGGACGUCCUGUACCUGUCCGCCAUGAGGAAGAUCCUGGCCAACAACGAGAACGACCCCGACACCUGGCUGGUCUGUAAUUUCUCUGUGGACCACGACGACGCACAGCCGUCCAGCAGGUGCGUCCGUGCCAAAAUCAACAUCGCCAUGAUCUGUCAGACCCUCGUCAGCCCACCAGAGGGAGACAAAGAGAUCAGCAGAGACAACAUCCUGUGUAAAAUCACCUACGUCGCCAACGUGAAUCCAGGAGGCUGGGCUCCCGCCUCCGUGCUCAGGGCCGUGGCUAAGAGGGAGUACCCCAAGUUCCUCAAGCGCUUCACCUCCUACGUCCAGGAGAAAACCGCUGGCAAAGCCAUCUUAUUCUGAGUGUUGAGACAUGAGCUGCACACGAGGCGUUGAGGAUCUUCUUCCCUCCCGGUUCUCCGGGUCGUGGCGGCGCCCUCUGCUGGCUGCAUUCCAACACCUGCGAGACGUCCACGUGAACUCUUGAUAAUUCAUCCCAGUCGUCCCCUGCAUCAUGAUUUAAUCAACUCGUCAGUAGAUGAUGGUGAAUGCAGCCCGCAGCGUGCUCAGCCGCCCUUUUCUUACAGAUAUAUUAAUAUAUAAAUGUACGUAUGUUCUAUAAGAGGUUUGUAAAAACAGAAGCAGAUCUUUGCUAAUAGACUGAAUUCUUUUCUCCGUCAUUAGUCAUUUCCCAGCUUCCUCGUGAAGCUGCUAACUCUGUUAGUUAACGUUUGAUUAUUUUUAUUUUUUAAAGAUGAAUAUCAUCUUUGUAUUAAGUCCAGAGGGGCCGUGUUCAACACGCGACCCCGAUGAUGUAAGACUUGACCUUCCCUGACUGCGUCGCUCUCAUGAAAGCGCCUCUGACGGCGCCGACGGAGCGACGGGUUGAUGGGAGUAUAUUUCAUGUCAUAGCACAGGUUCUCAAUGUUGUAAAUAGCGUCCAACAUUUCUCUGAAGGUCUUUGUGACUUGAGCGGAGCCCAGAUGCCUUAGUGUUCAAAACAUAGCUACACUGAAUCACUAGUGAAGUGCCUCGUGGCUGAAAUCCCCCGUUUGAAAUCUACCCUGCAGUGUAUUCACUGAACCAACAAACCAGGCGACGCCUGCUGAAGGUUUGUUUGUUUCCCACACAGAUAUUUUUACAAAUUCAAAGAUGAAUUUAAUUAAAAUUCAGCACGAGCGUCGCAGUACGACCUCUGCCGACGUCAUCCAGUCAAGAGAUUUUCUCUAUUUUCUGUCUGAAGUCCAGAAAUUAAUAAAAAUCCUCGAGUAUUUCGAGUGGGUUUCUCGUCCUCGUACGUUUCCUCUGGACUCUGCAGUCGUACACAAGCUAAAGUUUCAGGUUUUUCCAGCUCUCACAAGUCUGUUUUUAAGUUCUCAUCACCUUCAUUCCGUUCUUCUACCCGAGUACAUUUUUCAUUUUAGGAUUUCCACCCGUGGACAGCACAAAAUGUUUCCUCCUGGGUCGCUCUUUGGUUUCUGAUUUAUUCAGUUUGAACUCUUUGUAUUAGAAAUGAGUUUGUUUUGUAAAUAAUGUGUUCAUACUAACGCUGUGGGAUCAACUUCCAACAUGUACUGUGACGGCGUCGCACGUCUUCUGCCGUCUGAAAAAGUGAAAUAAAAUAAAAAAUUCAUCCA